GGCUCUGCCAAUCGAUCAGUCGAAGUUUGAGUUGCGUCUUCGUCACUGUCAGUGUGUCGAGCGCGCUCACUCUCUCUCGCUCUCUCAUUCGUGUGCACACACACACACACGAACAAGAAUACGUUGCAACCCCAGGCAUGAAUGUGAACUGUCGAGACUGCGACUGUCUCGCUCUCGCGCUGACAGUUCAAUCGGUCGCUGCCUGGCUGCUGCUGCUGCUGGCUUCGUCGCAGCGACGGCCAACUGUGAUUAGUUAAUUUAGUCGUUGAGCUCGCAUCGAACAGACGUGCGCGUCGCAGUCGUCGGACAAGAAGAAAAACAACAGCUAAAGCAAAGCAAAAAAAGCGCAACGCAUACGCAAAAAAAAAAGAAAAUAAGAAGAAAAGCGAACAAAUCAGAAAAGUGACAUACAAAUAAAUAUAUAUUUCAAUACCAAGUGAGAACGCAAAGUGUAAAUACUAGAAGAAAAGCCCAGUGUUGUAAAGUGAACCGAAAAGAAAAGCACAAAGUGAGUUUGCAUUGACAAAUGGCCCUUGAGGAUCGCUGCAGUCCACAAUCAGCGCCCAGUCCACCAGGUUGUUUGCCACACUCGCCACUCCAGCAGCAUCAAGUCUCCAUCACCGCACUCGACAUGAGUCUGCAGCCGGGCUCAGCAGCAGCUGCCACAGCCACAGCUGCCACAUUGUACCAGCAACAGCAGUUGCAGCACUUGCAUCAACUGCAACAGUUGCAGCAACUGCAUCAGCAGCAAUUGGCCGCCGCCUCCGCUGGCGUCUUUCACCAUCCCAUCGAUGCGGCCGCGUUGCAUGCCGCAGCGUUGCAGCAACGUCUCACCGCCAGCGGUUCACCUGGCGCCCACUCCACGGGCGCCUGCUCCACGCCAGCCUCCACGCUGACCAUCAAGGAGGAGGAGAACGAUUCCAUACUCGGCGACAGUUUUCACAAUCAAACCGCCACAACGAUGGCCACCGAGGAGGAUGAGGAGGAGGACGACGACAUCGAUGUGGAUGACACUGCCUCCGUUUCGGGAGCGGCAUCGAGUGCAGCAAGCUUGCAACCGCCGCCAGCACAUCAGCAGGGCAAGCAAUCGAAGCCAUCGCUGGCCUUUUCCAUCUCCAACAUUCUCAGCGAUCGUUUUGGCGAUGCAGCCAAACAAACCAAGCAGGGAGGCGAUGCUUCCGCUGCUGCUGCAGCUGCCGCCGCUGCUGCUGCCAGCAUCUUCAGACCCUUUGAGGCGAAUCGUGCUGCCGCGGCCACGCCCUCCGCCUUCACACGCGUCGAUCUGCUCGAGUUCAGCCGGCAACAGCAAGCGGCAGCCGCUGCAGCCACCGCAGCGAUGAUGUUGGAGCGUGCGAAUCUGUUAAACUGCUUCAAUCCAGCGGCAUAUCCACGCAUCCAUGAGGAGCUCGUCCAGAGUCGCCUCCGUCGCUCCUCUGCCCAUCCACAUGCCAAUCCCAAUGCUGUGCUGCAGCCGUCGGCAAAGCUCAGCGAACCAAGUGUGGAGAAGUCCGCCUUGGGAUCGCUCUGCAAGACAGUCUCCCAGAUUGGACAAUCGCCAGUGUCGCAAGCGCAGUCGCAGUUGACGCCAGCGACGGGCGCCAGCCACUUGGCCAGUCCGCCACCCGCCUCGAAUGCCUCCACGAUCAGCAGCAGCUCCUCCACCGCCACCAGCAACAGCAGCAGCAGCAGCUGCAGCAUCUCCUCCGCCUCCACAUCGGGCUGCUCCUCGGCGGCCAGUUCGCUGAACUCCUCGCCCAGCAGCCGCCUUGCCGGAGCUAACAACGCCAGCAGUCCGCAGCCCAUUCCGCCUCCCUCGGCGGUCAGCCGUGACUCCGGCAUGGAAUCCUCCGACGACACACGCUCCGAGACCGGAUCCACGACCACCGAGGGUGGCAAGAACGAGAUGUGGCCAGCGUGGGUCUACUGCACCCGCUACAGCGAUCGUCCCAGCUCAGGACCCCGCUACCGUCGCCCCAAGCAACCAAAGGACAAGACCAAUGACGAGAAGCGUCCACGCACCGCCUUCUCCAGUGAACAAUUGGCACGCCUCAAGCGAGAAUUCAAUGAGAAUCGCUACCUCACCGAACGUCGCCGUCAGCAGCUGAGCUCCGAGCUGGGUUUGAAUGAGGCACAGAUCAAGAUCUGGUUCCAAAACAAACGGGCCAAGAUCAAGAAGUCGACGGGAUCGAAGAAUCCCCUCGCCCUCCAGCUGAUGGCCCAGGGUCUCUACAAUCAUACGACGGUGCCGUUGACCAAAGAGGAGGAGGAGCUCGAGAUGCGCAUGAACGGACAGAUUCCAUAAGCAACUCUCUGCGAUUCCUCCAACUCUCUUCGAUAUUGGUCUCUCUCUCACUCUCUCUUUAGGCUGGUCCUCAGUGUGCAAUAAUGCGGCGUACAAAAGUGUUCAUGUGAUAUAAUUGUAAAAUACAACUAUACUACUUAUCUUAGAAUCUAUCUUUAAACUACAAAGAAAAUAUUUGUAAUAUUAUGUAAGCUUCAACGAUUUCAAGUUAUGGAAAGUAUUAUGUCCAUAGAUAUUGCUUUGCAAUCGAUCUAUGCCAACUCUCUCUCGACAACAACAACAACAACAACACAUCUUUAAUCUAUAUAUUCUAUCUACAUACUACACUAUAUAUAUAUAAAAUACUAUAUUCAGCUUGAUAUGUUAUAACAUAAGUAAUUUAAAAGUUCUUUAGAUUAAUUUCCUAGCUUAGUUCCAUUGUCUCGCUUUGACGCAGAAGUAUUUCUAGUUUUUAAGAUCAACAAAGCAAAAACAAAAACGAAAAAUGUUAUGGAUGAAAAAUGCUUAAAAAACACAACAACAAAAUGCACCCAAAAAAAAAAACAAAAACAAAAUACAA